ACUCGUGCUGACCUUGUUCGGCUCGGUCCUACCGCCGCCGCGUCGUGGGAGGAGAAGAAUCGAACCGCUUCCCUUCCCCACCCCUUGACGGCCUCUCCGGAGCAUUCGCUCCACUGCGCCGGUCUCGUGUCGUCUCCUCUCUACCCCUCCGAUCCCACCAGCGAGUCCUGGGUUCCCGCAUGGACGCCGGCGGAGGGGCGGAGGCCGCCGCCAACGGCGGGAUCGAGGGCUCCGCCGACCCCUGCAGCUCAGCCGCCGCCGGCGGGCACAAGCUCUCUGUCCACCAAAUCGCCGGCGGCGGGAAAGCUGCUGAUUUCAUCUUAUGGAGGCGAGGGCGUGUUACAUUUGGUGUUAUAUUUGGUGCUACUAUGGCAUGGUUGUUGUUUGAGAAGUCUGGACUGUCAUUCUUGACCAUCUGCUGUGAUAUAUUUCUCAUCUUAAUACUUGUGCAGUUCCUAAGGGUUAAACUAGCUGGAUUGCUAAAUAGGCAGCCUAGGCCACUACCUGAGUUAGUUCUAUCAGAGGAGAUGGUUAGCAACGCUGCAGCUUCAUUCCGCGUCAAAGUCAAUAACAUGCUAAUGAUAGCGCAUGAUAUUACUCUUGGCAAGGACUUCCGGCUCUUUUUCCAGGUUGUGCUUGUCCUUUGGCUAUUAUCUGUAAUUGGCAAUUUCUGCUCUUCUAUUACUCUUGCUUACAUAGGAACCAUUGCUUUGGUCACAAUACCUGCAUUGUACAACAAGUACCAGGGGCACGUUGAUAGGUAUGCAGGAAUGGUCCACCGGAACAUAUCAAGGCAUUACAAGAUAGUUGACGAAAAUGUGAUCAGUAGACUACCGAGAAGCUUUAUCAGAGAUAAACAAGACUGAUACUUGGUGAAGCUAGUCAAGCAAUUUUGUACCAUAAGCAGGGAGAAAGUGAAGAUUUAGGACAAUAGGAAAAGAAAGCCUCCCGUAGAUACCGUUGCAAUGUACUCUUGAGCAAUAAGGUUUGUGACGAAAAGGCAUGCAGAAAUUUGUAACUCGCUGUACAGCUUUCGGUGAGCUUUUUUGCAACAAACUGGGUAAAAGGUUGCCAUGUAACUACCAUUGGAAUGUGAAAUGAAGUGGUUUGCGUAA